GCCAUCUUGUAGCGGGACCUGAGAGGUCGGUGAGGCUGAGUGGAUCUCUCGGCGCCUGAGCCACACGGUAUGGACCCUCAAUAUGAUGGAGCAGAGAUAACACUGGUGACAGAAGAAAUUGAAGGCUGUUACAGCUGCACAAGAAGUUUUCCGCGCAAAAAGAAAAAGAAAUGGAAAGAUCAAAGUGAGGACGGUAGCAAAAAAGGCAAAAAGCCCAGGCCAGCAUACCUAUUGUACUAUUAUGAUACUCACUUGAAGGUGCAGCAGGACUUUCCUAACUUGCCACGGUCAGAGAUAAACAAGAAGAUCAGUGAAAGCUGGAGACGCCUCAGUGUUGCUGAAAAGAGUAUUUACUUGGAGAAAGCAAAACUGGAAAAAGAAGGCAUCGAUCCUACUCAUAAACUAAUCAGUACGUCCACAAGCGCUCCCCCUACGGACAUUCCAGGAUUCCGUAAAAUUCUUCCACGCUCCAGCUAUAUUAUAAUUCCUACUUCUAACCUAUCUGGAGAUGGAACUGGUCAGCAUCUCACCUUAUCUUCGACACCAAGGGGAAGUGACGGAAGCACCGUCUGCCACGCUCUUACACACGAUGCCAUGCAGACACUAUUCACAGUUAGUGGCACCCUUACAGACUCCCGUCUUAUUGGCACGACCGAGGAGAGUAUUGCAAUCGAUGGAAUUGCAGAUGAAACCUCUGCUUUCAUCCAUUCGGAAACGAUGCAGGAGAUUGUUGCUUCGGAGAUGCUGUCCCAAUUUCCCAGUGCAGAUAAGGGUUCUGGAGAACUUGCCACCGACGCGAUGUCUUUGGAACUAACUCAUUCCUAUGAAUCCCCUUGCGUUGUCAUUGAAGGGACUUUGCUAAACGCAAGCGGAGACAUCUCAGACCGUAUAAGCAGUUGUACUAACCAACAGAGUGUAGAGACUAAUCCCGUGUUAGCCGUUUUAUCAAAUCAAAUGAGCAAAACAACAGGAAACCUCAUCUCUCAUAAUGGUAUAGGACAGGCUAUUAGUUUCAAUAGCACCCAGGAAUCGCGUGAAAAUGGUGCAACAUCUACCCCCCAGUUCUUAAUGUUGCCACUGGCUAAUGAGCAAUCUCCUGCAACUCCAGCGAAAAAGUCCAUCUUUGCUCAGAAGACAACCUACACACGCAGAGGACGAGGUAGCUGCCCGAACCCAAAGUGUCAGUUUACUUACGUGACGAGACACAAACCCCCCCAGUGUCCAGCUUGUGGGAAGUGGCUGGGAGGCAAAUGGAUUCCAAAGGGCAAGGAACUGCAAAUGCUGAAAGUCCAUGUGGAAUGUAAACAGGAGAAACAACACAAGGGAACAGAUGAAACUGUAAGCACAAAGGAGACCGUUCAGUCCAGUUUGGAAAGCUCACAGGCUGUAUCCCAGCUUCUGAAUGUAGCUUCAGAAGAUCAGAAGGAACAAAAAUCAUUACAGACCAGCUGGCAACGAACAUUGAGUGUUAAGGCCAGUGAACCUGCUGCAGUGGGUGAGACUGAGAAACGGACACAACCAAUUCAGCUGAGUAAUACAGCACAUACUGGGGAAUGUGAGGAGGACGAACAGCCUGGAGAUGCCACAAAGGAGCAAGAAAACCAGAAAACGCCAGGAGCCAGUUGUGUCCGUAACGCCAAUGGAGUUAAGAUCACAAGACUGGCACCAAGUUCGUCUAAGCAAAGUUUGCCAGGGCGAGGAAGAAAUAAAGCCAGAGUGCGAGCGAAAGCAUUCAUAUCGACCGGCACUGCCCGCUCACGUCCACGAGUUAUUCUGCCUGCAGCUCCGUCUAAUACAGUGCCGCAGUCUGAAGUCGCCUAUAUUCAAGUGGUCACUGUGCCUGUCAAUCAAGCAGAUACAACGGACUCCCCAAUGGCUUCAGCCAGCAACGGAGUUCCAGCCAGAAGUUCCACUGCAAGGAGCAUGAUGAGCUCCCCUCCCCCGACAGGCCUGAAACCCAGCACCUUAAAGCAAUUAGGGCAUUCGGUUUUACGGACUGAACUAGCACCUGCCCUAGACAAAGGAGCAUCUCAGCCUAGUGCAGUCUCCAUCAGGAGCAUCUGCCUGACUCCACCAAAAAACAACAAAGGGAGCACUUUUGAUCUGGGUUUGGCAACCUGCAGAGGUAAAGGAAGGUGUAAAAAUCCAAGGUGUACGUAUGUUUACAUGAAUCGAUAUAAACCAGGAAUUUGUCCGAAAUGCGGCUAUGACUUUGCAAGAGACAAACACGAUAUAAAGCCAUCAAAGCCCGUUAUAAACGAUGCACUUUCCUCGGGUGCGGUGAACCCAGAUGAACCAUUAACUCAGGCCCAAAAGGACUUACAACGUCAGACCACACUGCUGCUGCUCAGGAGGACUGUUCAGAUCCCCGAGAACGAGGCUGAACUUCAUGAAAUUUUCAGUCUAAUUCAGGAACUUAACAGCUCACAGCUGAUUUUGUCCACAGUCAACGAGACGAUAACUCUCGAACAGAAUUCCUGGCCUAAUUACUUCGAGUCUACAGCCACCGUGUGUGGCCUGUGUGACAACCCUUUGUUCAAAGAUGAAUGCAAUUCAGUUUUUGCCCCCGAGGAGUGCUGGUUGUUGACCGAAAGCCAGUUUCAGGUAGUUUUAGUUCAGACGAAAAUGUGUCUGAAUCCUCAGUGUCUCGCACUUCAUAACUUCACUGACAUAAACUCAGGUUUAUUUAAUAUUGGCAACAAGCUUUUGGUCAGCAUGGACUUGCUAUUCAAAAUAAGAAGUCAUAUCAAGCUUGGAGAAGAUCCAAGGGAUGUAACCAGCGCCAUAUUAGAGUCUGUCCAAAAAAUCACAGAGAAAACGAUGUCGGAGGAGCAGCUGAACCAGCUUCAGGAGCUGCUGUGCAACGGGUAUUGGGCGUUCGAAUGUCUCACCAUCCGUGACUACAAUGAUAUGAUUUGUGGGAUCUGCGGCGUAGUGCCCAAGCUGGAGAUAGCGCAGAGCAACCCUGCAAAUGUUCUUGCACUGAAAAACGUUGAGUUUACAUGGCCAGAUUUCCUCACCUCCGACGAAGUGAACGCUGAGGAUUUCUGGUCCACGAUGGAGAACGAAGCCAUAGAGCAAGCUGCGUUUCCAUCCAGCAUUCCUAUCACAAAAUUCGAUGCUUCCAUAAUUGCUCCAUUCAUCCCACCACUCUUGAGAGGAUCGGUGGUGGUUAACAGCGAGAAGGAUAAAAACCCGCAUCCGCAGAGGGCUGCUGGAAAUCCAAGGACACUGGUGAGGCUGCUGCAUGACGGGGUUUUCAAAGCUGAGCAACUGGACUCCUACAGCGAAGAAGAGCUAACUAAUCUGCUCAUUUCGUGUGACAUUCCAAUUCAUCCCGGCGACACCAAGGAACACUUGCAUUCUUCGUUACUUGCCUUGUAUUCCUCUGUGCUGGAGGGAUCGCCUUUGGAAUGCAGAACGCCUUUGUGUGAUGUGACUGGGGGAAAAGUCUAUAAAUCCUGCCUGCAUCAAGUUCUGUGUGGCUCAAAGUACCUUGUGAGAGGAGAAUCCGCCCGUGACCACAUUGACCUUCUGGUAUCCUCGCGUCACUGGCCUCCCAUCUACGUGGUGGAGAUGGCACCACGUGCAUUAAACGCCGAUGUGCGUUACCCGGAACUCACCAGACAAAUGUGGGAGCACAAACAAGGCUGCUUCUCGGACCCGCUGGAGCCACCAAAGCUCGUUUCCUGCCCGGAGCUGCUGGAGCAGCAUUACAUAAUGGACGCGUCUUUGCUGGAGAACAGCCUCCAACACCCCAUCACCAAGUCCUCGGCCCGAAGAAUCGUGCACCGCAGCACGGCCCAGGUCACAGAGAGGGACAGCAUCGCGAGGCACCAUUCCGCCACCCUCUGCAGCGAACUGGAUUCGUACAGCGACGUCCUGGACGCCCUUCCCCACAGCAAGGUGAACUCUGUGCGGCAAAAGGCAAUUCAGUUCGAAAACGCUACGUAUUACUAUUUAUACAACCGGCUGGUGGAUUUUCUCACCAGCAGAGACAUCGUGAACCAACAAAUCAACGAAGUGCUGCAGAGCUGCCAGCCUGGAGAAGUGAUCAUACGGGAUAGUUUGUACAGACUGGGGAUAGCGCACCUGAACACGGAGAGCGAGACCGAGGAGCUGGCGUAGCCCGCCGCUUCUCGUUCGCUCGGAGCAAUUAAGGAAAAUGAUCUGUCAAGUAAUGUAUUUAUUCACUACUUCUAUUUAAUUAAAAAAAAAUUAUUUGCGUC